AAUUUAUAUAAUUUGGUUACUAGAAAAUCCAGCAUUACUUAUUUGUCUUGCAACAUAUUCCUGAUGGACAGUGGUAGUCUAGAAAGUUCAGCAGUGUCAACAGAUGUUAAGACUUUCAGCUAGUUCAAAUAGCAUUCACAAGAGGUAGUAAUUGAAUAGUUUGCUCAUAGCUUCCUUGGCCUAGUUUUAAAAAGAGCCUGCAGAGUUGGGAUAAUAAUGACAUCAUCUUCAUCGGUGGCUCAUGAGGUAAGAUAUAGUUCUACUUGGUGCUUAGUUGAAAAUCGCAUCAAUUGGCAUUAUUUUAUGGGUUCUUGUUUUGAUAUUGAGUCAGUUGAAUACGUUUUAAAAAUGGGUUGUAGAUCAGAUAAUCUUGUAAAUUUACUUAGAAGCAGAACAAGCCAGAUCUUCCUGGCCACGAGGAACUUAGUCACUGAAUGAAAUGCAAACAAGACUGGGAAUGUGGUUUGUCACUGAGCAGCAGAUCACUGCCCAGUAGCUCAGAAGAGACAGUUGCUGUAGACUUGUGCUGCUUUGUGUUUUCAUUUCGUAGUUUAGUUUUUUCCCUACAUAUCCUGGCUGUCCUGGACCUCACUACAUAGACUGUGCUGGCCUUAAACACCUCUGGACUGUUGAGAUUAGAGGUCUGUGCCACCACACCUGGCGUAUUUUAUUUUUUAUGCUUUGUGGCAGGGGUGAGGACUCAGGUAUCUGCACAUGAGCCCAGGUGCUUGCAGAGGCUAGAGGCAUCAGAUCCCCUAGAGCUAGAGUUACAAGCAGUUGGCUGCCUGACUUGGGUGUAAGAACUUGAACUCAAGUUUUCUGCAGCAUGUACUCUUAAUCCUUUAGCCCUUCAGCCAUCUUUCUAGUCCCUUCUGUUCUUUUAGAGUCAAUCCUGUGAUCCCCCAGAAACCUUUGCAUGGCAGUGGAGGGUGGAUGGGGUGUGUAAGGGAUCCUAUAUGGGAGACAUUACCCUGCAUUUCUCAUCUGUGGGCCUCAUGCUCUUUUCAGCUAGGAAGUGAGAUGGUUAAGUUGGCCCCAGGCAGACCUAUGCACUUAUUGACUGGGCUUUGAUAGCCUGCCCUGAAACUGAAAUACUGACUUUUGUUAUUCACUCAGGAGCUAAAGAAACUGUGCCAGUGCCUUUCAAUUUUGUCUUUCAAAUAUGAGCGAACAAAACUGAAAGAAGAAAAACAAAUGGAAUAAGCUGCCUGUCUUCUGUGAGAUAGAUGCAAGGCCUUUGAAAAGCUACCCCAUGUUGUCUCAGUGUUUUCAAUGGCCAUGGCCCAGCAGCUCAGGUUACAUGGCCUCUUCCGUAUUGGGAGCUGGGGCAAAUGACACAGCAUAACCAUGCAACCACACUUACAUAACCAUGACUUGGGAGACAGAAUUAAGCUGUGAAUGAACUGCCCAGGACCAAGGAGAUGGUAUUAGAACAAAGUCUGACUUCUGUCAAGCUUGACUUGACAGUCAUCAGCAGGACUCUCAGAGCCUCAGCUCAUGCUAGCAUGGUUUAAGACAGAAUCUUCAGAGUGCAGCUGUUGUCAGAUUUAAUCGAGAGACUAAGUUCUCUAUAGAAACACCCACAUUUGUAUGGAUGAUUGGGGAAAGAUAGUGGCACCAACAAGGGAAAGCUGUCUGACGUUCCAAGAAAAUGAGUAUGCUAAAACCAAGUGGGCUGAAGGCCCCUACCAAGAUCCUUAAGCCUGGAAGCACAGCCUUGAAGACACCUGUUGCUGCUGCAGCUCCAGUGGAGAAGACAAUAUCCAGUGAAAAAGCUGCAGGCCCUCCAUCCUCUGAGACCCAAGAAGAAUUUGUGGAUGACUUUCGAGUUGGAGAACGUGUUUGGGUGAAUGGGAAUAAACCUGGAUUUAUCCAGUUUCUUGGGGAAACUCAAUUCGCACCAGGCCAGUGGGCUGGGAUUGUUUUAGAUGAACCCAUAGGAAAGAACGAUGGUUCGGUGGCAGGAGUUCGGUAUUUCCAGUGUGAACCUUUAAAGGGUAUAUUUACUCGACCUUCAAAGUUAACAAGGAAGGGGCAAGCAGAAGAUGAAGCCAAUGGCCUUCAGACGGCUCAUGUCAGAGCUGCUUCACCUCUGUCCACUGCUGCCCCCACCACGGUGUCCUCUUCUUCAGCCACUCCCUCGAACAUUCCCCACAAACCAUCCCAUUCGACAGCAAAAGAAACACCAUCUCAAAUCAGCAACCUUACGAAAACUGCCAGUGAGUCAAUCUCCAACCUUUCAGAGGCUGGCUCUGUCAAGAAAGGAGAGCGGGAACUCAAGAUUGGAGACAGGGUGUUGGUUGGUGGCACUAAGGCUGGUGUAGUCCGGUUUCUUGGAGAGACGGACUUUGCCAAGGGGGAAUGGUGUGGUGUGGAAUUAGAUGAACCUUUGGGAAAGAAUGAUGGUGCUGUUGCUGGAACAAGGUAUUUUCAGUGUCAACCCAAAUAUGGAUUGUUUGCUCCUGUCCAUAAAGUGACAAAGAUUGGCUUCCCUUCCACUACACCAGCCAAAGCCAAAGCAGCUGCUGUGAGGCGAGUGAUGGCCACCACGCCUGCCAACCUGAAGCGUAGCCCAUCUGCCUCCUCUCUCAGCUCCAUGAGCUCUGUGGCCUCCUCUGUGAGCAGCAAGCCCAGCCGAACAGGACUAUUGACUGAAACCUCCUCCCGCUACGCCCGCAAGAUUUCGGGCACCACUGCCCUCCAGGAGGCGUUGAAGGAGAAACAGCAGCACAUUGAACAGCUGCUGGCUGAGCGGGACCUGGAGCGGGCCGAGGUGGCCAAGGCUACCAGCCACGUGGGGGAGAUAGAGCAGGAGCUAGCCCUGGCCCGGGAUGGGCAUGACCAGCAUGUCCUGGAGCUGGAGGCCAAGAUGGACCAACUGCGAACAAUGGUAGAAGCUGCUGACAGGGAGAAAGUGGAGCUUCUUAACCAACUAGAAGAGGAGAAAAGGAAGGUUGAGGACCUUCAGUUCCGAGUAGAAGAAGAAUCAAUUACCAAAGGUGAUCUUGAGGUGGCUACAGUAUCAGAAAAGUCCCGGAUAAUGGAACUAGAAAAAGAUCUAGCCUUGAGAGUCCAGGAAGUAGCUGAGCUCCGAAGAAGGCUAGAGUCCAGUAAACCUCCCGGGGAUGUGGAUAUGUCUCUUUCUCUUUUGCAAGAAAUAAGUGCUUUGCAAGAAAAGCUUGAAGCCACUCGUACUGAGCACCAGAGCGAGAUAACUUCUCUGAAGGGCCACUUUGGAGCUCGGGAAGAGACAUUUCAGAAGGAGAUCAAGACUCUGCACGCUGCCACCGAAAAGCUUUCCAAAGAGAAUGAGUCCUUGAGAAGCAAGCUUGACCAUGCCAACAAGGAAAAUUCAGAUGUGAUAGCUCUAUGGAAGUCUAAGCUGGAGACCGCCAUCGGAUCCCACCAGCAGGCAAUGGAGGAGCUGAAGGUAUCUUUCAGCAAAGGUAUUGGAACGGACUCAGCUGAAUUUGCUGAGUUAAAGACACAAAUAGAGAGACUGAGACUAGAUUAUCAGCACGAAAUAGAAACUUUACAGAGUAAACAGGACUCUGAGCGGUCUGCUCAUGCUAAAGAGAUGGAGACCCUGAAGACCAAGCUAAUGCAAAUUAUUAAAGAGAAGGAGGACAGCCUAGAGGCCAUCAAAGCCAGACUGGACAGUGCAGAAGACCAGCAUUUAGUGGAAAUGGAGGACACAUUAAAUAAACUGCAGGAGGCUGAAAUAAAGGUAAAGGAGCUAGAGGUUCUCCAAGCCAAGUACAAUGAACAAUCCAAGGUCAUUGGUAAUUUUACAUCACAGCUCCAGGUUGUCGAAGAAAAGCUCUUGGAUCUUGAUGUGCUUCGGAAAGCCAAUUCCGAAGGUAAAUUGGAAAUCGAGACACUUAGACAGCAGCUUGAGGGAGCUGAAAAGCAGAUUAAAAAUUUAGAGAUUGAAAGAAACGCUGAAAGUAGCAAGGCUAAUAGCAUUACCAAAGAGCUCCAGGGAAAAGAGCUAACGCUCAGUAACCUGCAGGACACUUUGAGUGAAGUCAGUCAAGUAAAGGAGACUUUGGAAAAAGAACUGAAGACUUUGAAAGAAAAAUUUGCAGGUGUUUCAGAGGAGGCCAUCUCUGUUCAGAGAAGUAUGCAAGACACUGUAAAUAAGCUGCACCAAAAGGAGGAAGAGUUUAACACAUUGUCUUUUGAACUGGAGAAGUUGAGAGGAAAUUUAACAGAUAUGGAGGCAAAAUUUAGAGAGAAAGAUGAAAGAGAAGAGCAGCUGGUAAAGGCAAAGGAAAAAUUAGAAAAUGACAUUGCAGAAAUAAUGAAGAUGUCAGGAGAUAACUCUUCUCAGCUGACAAAGAUGAACGAUGAAUUACGUCUGAAGGAAAGAUCUGUGGAAGAACUACAGCUAAAACUUACAAAGGCUAAUGAAAAUGCAAGUUUUCUGCAGAAAAGUAUAGGGGAAGUUACUCUUAAAGCUGAACAGACCCAGCAGGAAGCAGCUAAAAGGCAUGAAGAAGAAAAGAAAGAAUUGGAGGAAAAAUUGUUGGAACUGGAAAAGGAGAUGGAAACAAGCCACAACCAGUUUCAGGACCUGAAAGCCAGGUAUGAAAAAGCCAGUUCUGAGACAAAAACAAAGCACGAAGAAAUCCUGCAGAACGUACAGAAGAUGCUGGUAGACACAGAGGAAAAACUGAAGGCUGCUCAAGAGGCGAACAGAGGCCUGAUGCAGGACGUGGAGGACCUGAAAAUGCAGGCGGACAAAGCCAAAUCUCUAACUUGUUUGUUAACAUCAGCCAAAAAAGAGAUUGAAGUAAUGUCAGAAGAGCUGAGGGGUCUGAAGUCAGAGAAGCAGCUUCUUGUGCAGGAGGCCAAUGCUUUACAGUUAGAGAAAGGCUCACUUUUAUCAAAGCUUGUAGAAGCGGAGACCAAGAUAACUUUGCUUCAGGAAGACCAGCAGAAACUGUGGGCAGUAAAUGAAACCCUCCACUUAGAGAAGGAGAAAGUCUCAGAAGAAAAGCAAGUUGCUGAGAAGCGUUAUCAGCAGGAGCAUCGGGAUAAAGAGUCCCUGGCGGCUGAGAGAGAGAAACUGCUUAAGGAAAUCAGUGCUGUGCAGGAGGAGCUCCUGAAGAUGCACAUGGAGAACGACGCCCUGGAAGCCUCCAAGGUGAGCAUGCAGGUGCUCAUCGAGGAGCUCCGCUUUUGCAAGGAUAAGCUGAUGGCCAUGUCGGAGAAGGCCCGGGCAGAGAAAGAGCACCUGGAGGGGCAGGUCAAGAAGCUCACUGCCGAAAACAUGUUCUUGUCGAAAGACAAAGAUGAUGUCAUUCAGAAACUUCAAAGCGCUUAUGAGGAGCUUGUCAAGGACCAGAAAGCCUUGGUCCAGGAGAUCGACGAGCUCACGACUGAGAAGAAGUCAGCCGCGGAGAAGCAGAUGAGCCUGGAUAACACCUGCCUCACCCUAAAGGCAGAGCGGGAGAACCUUCUCCAGAGUAACAGAGACCUGCAGUUUGAGAAGGACACGCUGCGCCAGGGCCAGGAGAAGCUAAGCGCCAGCCUGGAGGCCACUUUGCAGGUCAAACAGCUGCUCACCACGGAGGCGGAGACCCUGCGCGCGCAGCUGGACUGUACCAGCAAAGCGCUGAGGAAGGCGGAGCUGGACAUGAGACAGCUUCAGACCACCAACGCAAGCCUCACGAAGCUCCUGGAAGAGAUUAAGACCUGUCGGGCAAUCACAGACUCGGAGUGUGUCCAGCUUCUCCACGAGAAGGAGAGUUUGGCAGCCUCUGAGAGGAAGCUCCUGGCGGAGAAAGAGGAACUGCUAAGUGAAAAUAGAACCCUCUCUGAAAAACUCAGCAAGCACUCGGAAGAGGCCACUCAUCUUGAGAUGAGCCUAAAUGAGAAGAUCACGUACUUGACUUCUGAGAAGGAGAUGGCUUGUCAGAAAAUCGCUAGGCUUAAAAAGCAGCAGGAUAGUCUCUUGAAAGAAAAAUCAGCACUAGAGACGCAGAAUGGAGAUUUACUUGCUGAGAGGGAAAAUUCUAUCAAAGCCGUAGGUGAUCUUAAAAGAAAGUGUGACCAAGAGGCUGCAAACAGGCGAGUGGCUGUGCAGGAGAAGAUGAAGCUGCUCGGCAGCAUCGAUGCUCUGAAGAAAGAGCUUCAGGAGAGAAAGAAGGAAAACCAAGAGCUGGCCAACAGCAAGUGUGACCUCUCCCUGAUGCUGAAAGAGGCUCAGGAUGCCAGAAGGAAUCUGGAAAAAGAGCACACUAACAUGAUGCAAGCCAAGGAGAGCUUGAAUGCUGAGCUGAAGACUUGCUGCUGUGAGAAGAACAUCUUGCUGAGGGAUGGCUUGAACCUGCAGGAAGAGUGUCAGAAAUUAAAGGAGGAGAUCCGUGAACUUCAACAGACGUUAAUCCUAGAGAAAGAGGCCAGGGCAAAGGAAAACGAGACUUCUUUAUAUGAAAACAACAAACUUCAUGGGAGAAUGGUGCUCUUGGAGGAGGAGAUAAAGGGGUUGAGGGCAUGUACUGAGCAGCUCCAGACUGAGAAUUUUACACUUGUCCAAGAAAAGACAAACUCAGAGCAAAAAGUAGUGGAAAUCAUUAAGGAAAAGGAGCUCCUGAGUGCAGAAACAGCUCAGCUCGCUGCCAACAUUGAGACUCUCAAAAGUGACUUUGCUGCCCUUUCCAAGUCCAAGUUAGAAUUGCAAGAACUACACAGCUGCCUCACCAAGAUCCUGGAUGACCUCCGCCUGAAUCACGAGGUGGCCGUGACCGAGAGAGCCGAGGCGCUUCAGGACAAGAAGAACCUCCUGGCUGAGAAACGAGAACUGAUGCUGAGAAAUGGAGAGGUCCUGAAGGAGAAGGAGAAGCUGGAAGAGAGCUACUUCAUCCUCCAGAAAGAGAUUAGCCAGCUGGCCCAAACCAACAGCCACAUUUCAGCCAACCUCUUAGAAUCCCAAAGUGAAAACCGCACUUUGAGAAAAGACAAGAGCAAGCUUACCCUUAAAAUUAGAGAGCUUGAGACCCUUCACACAUUCACGGCUUCUCAGACUGCAGAAGACGCCAUGCAGAUCAUGGAACAGAUGACCAAGGAGAAGACAGAAACGCUGGCCUCCUUGGAGGAUACCAAGCAGACAAACGCAAAACUGCAGACUGAACUGGACACACUUAAAGAAAACAACUUGAAAAAUGUAGAAGAGCUGAACAAAUCAAAAGAACUUCUGAAUGUAGAGAACCAGAAAAUGGAAGAAUUCAAGAAAGAAAUAGAAACCCUAAAGCAGGCAGCAGCUCAGAAGUCCCAGCAGCUUUCAGCACUGCAAGAAGAAAACGUCAAACUUGCUGAGGAGCUGGGGAGAACACGGAACGAAGUCACAAGUCAUCAAAAGCUGGAAGAAGAAAGAUCUGUACUCAAUAAUCAGUUGUUAGAAAUGAAAAAGAGAGAAUCUGAGUACAUAAAAGACGCUGAUGAAGAGAAAGCUUCCUUGCAGAAAUCCAUCAGUCUCACCAGUGCCUUACUCACAGAGAAGGACGCGGAGCUGGAGAAGCUGAGGAAUGAGGUCACGGUGCUCCGGGGAGAGAACGCCUCUGCCAAGUCCCUGCAUUCAGUUGUGCAGACGCUGGAGUCUGAUAAGGUGAAGCUUGAGCUCAAGGUCAAGAACUUGGAGCUUCAACUCAAGGAGAACAAGAGGCAGCUCAGCAGCUCCUCAGGUAAUACUGAUGCCCAGGCAGAAGAGGAUGAGAGAGCCCAGGAGAGUCAGAUUGAUUUCCUCAAUUCGGUAAUAGUGGACCUUCAAAGAAAGAAUCAAGACCUUAAGAUGAAGGUGGAGAUGAUGUCUGAAGCUGCUCUGAAUGGCAACGGGGAUGACCUGAAUAGCUAUGACAGUGAUGACCAGGAGAAACAAUCCAAGAAGAAACCCCGCCUCUUCUGUGACAUUUGUGACUGCUUUGAUCUCCACGAUACAGAGGACUGCCCCACCCAGACACAGAUGUCAGAAGACCCUCCACAUUCUACGCACCACGGCAGUCGGAGCGAGGAGCGGCCAUACUGUGAGAUCUGUGAGAUGUUUGGGCACUGGGCAACCAACUGCAAUGACGAUGAGACCUUCUGAGGGAGCCUCAGGGCGGGACUGGGCUUCUUCAGACUCCAUCAUCCAAGCCGCUUUCCACCAGCAUCGCGUGUGCCACUUCACAAGAACUUGUUAUUUUUUGACUCCGUCAGCAAAUCUAAGAAAAUAUUUUGAUCUUCAGCACAUUACCCUUCAUUUCCUCUCAUAAGUUAAAAUAAAUAUUUGGUAGGUGGCUUUCCUUCCAUCUUCAUUUUCUGGAUUUUUAAGAUUUAAGACAUUGCAUCGGGUGCCAUUGCUUUUCUGUUCCUAAAGAAACAUCGUGGGACAAGCUGGACCCUGACACCAUCUUAUUUAAGAAACGUUAAAUUGCCGGGCGUUGGUGGCGCACGCCUUUAAUCCCAGCACUUGGGAGGCAGAGGCAGGUGGAUCUCUGUGAGUUUGAGGCCAGCCUGGUCUACAGAGAGAGUUCCAGGACAGCCUCCAAAACAAUACAAAGAAACCCUGUCUCGAAAAAAAAAAAAAAAAAAGAAACGUUAAAUUAUACCGUUAUUUCUCAUAUUUGCACUAAAAUAUUUCCUGGCUACAUAUGUAUAUUUAGGGUUUUUGCUGUUAUUGUUGUUAUGCUUUAACACUGGAAUGAGUUGCAAAAAAUGUGCCACUUUGCAUUUUCAUGUACUCAUUUAAAUAAUUUUAUUCUAAAUAUCCAAGCUCUCUGCACUACCUGCUCUCAGUAGUGCCUUUUUCCAGGCUUGACAAUACAUAGGUGUGAUUAUAAAUCAUGAAACAGGUAAAAGGGAGGGGAAUGCCCCAAACUGCUGUGGGGACAUUUAUAGUCUACAUGCUGCACCCACAGACCCAACAGUGGUGUUUUCUUUAUCAGUUUUACAUAAUUUCAACCUCUAUAUAUUAUAUGUAUAUAUAUAUUUUUAAAAAUCUAUAUUUUGGGAAAAACUAUAUACAAUGUGUCUUCUUUUCAGAUUUUUUUUACCUUUAUGAAUAAGAAAACACAUAAAAGGCUCAUCAGGAUGUAACUGACCAGUCCAGAAACAGCAUCUGUGGCUUCCUACCUGUUGUCUUCCUUUCCAUGUUUCUAACCAGAUCUGAGGAUCUGGGAGAACGGCCUCCAGCUGUUUGGUUUAUUUCCCUUCUUUAGCAGAUAAUCCCAGUAGUGAACUAAGCCACUCUGCAACAGCUAAACUAACUGAUCUACAGCCCUGCUUUAUGUGUUUGUGGGGUUUUUACUGUAUUUUUUAAUGAAUGUACGAUGAGAAAUUCAACAUGAAUAAUUUUGAAUUUUCUUAUCACAAAAAGAUAAAACGAAGGACCUCAUCAUACAAAAGAGUUUAUCAGUCAGUCUGAGUCUGUCUUCACUUGAAUGUUUUUGAGAAUAUGUAAAAAGGAAUUAAAUGCACCUUCAUGCAGCCUGCAUGAUAAGAACUUCCAUCAUUGUAUAUAAACCUUUGUCAUAUCCCCCUCAAGAUUAUCCACUGUGCUUGACGAGUGAACAUUAAAUAAAUCUGUUACCAGUUGACAUUUUUGGUUAAUAAAGCUAUAGGAAUUAUUUCACAAACAAAAUAUGUAAAGCAGUAUUAAAAUCUGAGUCAUGUACCUACUUUAA